AUGGUGAGACCCGCAGACAAGUUCAGCCUAGGGACCUCCCCUGCUGUGGAAGUGGGAGAAACACACACAGGCGGAGGGGACCCGGGGCGAGUCAUCAAGGGCGCGUGGUUCGGCGUGCCAGGCGCGCUGCUCUGCCUGCUCUCUUGGCUUCUGUCUCCCUUCGGCCGAUCGCCCCCUAUCCUGAAGCUUUCCAAUAUCAUCUGGGAGCCUCAAAGUUUCCUGGGGCCUCCGCGUUGUGCGUCCCAGAACCCCUUGCCCGCCCCUGAGGGAAACGCGGAGCUACAGACAGCGGGACGUCGGGAGCCGGCCCAGGGGAGGCCAGAUUCAGCAUUUGGACAGCGGCUCUGGGGCGCAGUCGGCCCAGCGAGUUUGCAGGUGCACAGCCUCGGGCAGAUGGCGGCUCGGAUCCCUGAGUCUGGAGCUGCCAGCGAGGCUUCCAACCCGCUGCUUGCCAUCACCUCCCGGGUCGUUGGUGGCUCCGGCCUGCCUCCGCCCCCUCCAUUCCGCACUGGUCGGGGUGAAGGGGGGGGCGGGGGGAGCCGCGCUGACGUCACUGCGGGCCGUGCCCGCCCGAGAAGGCGGUGCUGGGAGCCGCUCAGAGCUCAGAGAAGCGGCGCGCGGCCAGGAGCCCCCGCUCCGCCACUGCCGUGCCUGCCUCCCGCAGCUGUCUGCCAUGCGCUCGCCGGGGCAGGGGCGCCCGGAGAGCGGCGAGAGCUGGGCCUGAGCCCGGGAACGCGCCUGAUCGGGGUGGCGGAGCCGCGGUCCCCACAGCCGCCCCACCCGCGCCGCUGCCUCGUUGGGGCCCGGGCCCCCUUCCCGGCUGGGGCAAGGGAUGCAUAUAAAUGUCUGGAUCUGAAGUUUGAAAUUCCACCUGCUGGAGACAGUGAACACCCCAGUAGAUACCCCAAAUCGCAUAGAAGGACGGAUGACCAGUUGCCUUCUUCCCCCAGGUUACUCCCCUGCUGGUGCCUCCCUCCCUGGCGCGGUUCCCACCUGCGAUCGGCGCCCUCUUCGCAGUCACGAACUCGCCAGCAGCUAGCAGCACUGACUAGUAGGAGGGCCCGCCGGAGGAGAGCCCGCCGGACCCUCCGUCGCGGCUGCCGGCUCCCCGGAGCCGCAGCCACCGAGCCUGGCUGUGCGUGUCGUGGCUGCUGGGGAGAAAGAGGCGUCCGGACAUGCUCUGGAGUCAGAAGACGGCGAAAAGAGAAGCAGAAGCCUCGGUGGCAAGAGUCCGAAGCAGGACGCAAUCACUGUAACCUGUGGAUUGUACUGCAGUAGGAAACUAUCCUAGCGAGGCUCCACUUUGCCCCAGCUUCAAGGUGUAUCGUCUCAAAAUGCAGCAUACUUCAGAUGAGUUCUGAGCACCCUUUCUUUUAUUAUAAAAAAAAUUCCAGACAGUUCAGCCAAUACCGACUAAGGGCUGAGACCAGUUCCAUGCUUUUCUGUCUCCGGAGGAAUUUGCUUCCGUCUGGAUGCCUGAAACGGUAUUUUACUUCACCUCCUGUGUCACCGGCAGCAGUCCUGGGAGCCUUGGGUAGGAGGUUUUUGGGAGAGCCAGCUCACAGCCUCUCUAUAACCUUUUAGCCACCCCAGUGCUGGGCAGCCAGGGUGUGGGCUUUUGACUGAAUGCACUCGCCCUCCUGCAUUCAUUACACCAUUGUCAGUGUGUGUGUCUGGGGCUGCCUCUGGGUGUGCGUGUUUUUUUUUUGUGUCUGCGUGUCAGUGUCAGGCUAUGUGUGUCUGUUUCUGUCGGCCUGUCUAGGCGCGCUCAGUGCAACAAGGAGCUGGGGGAGGUGGCGGUAAAGAGGGAGGGCAUUUCAAAGCCCAGCUGUCCUCCUCAGGGACCUCAGGAGAUGCGUGUGUGUGAGUGUGUGUGUGUGUGUGUGUGUAUUUUUUUCCAUGCUGCUCAUUGUGUGGGGCUGCAUGCGAGUGUCUGACCAGGUGUGGUGUGAGCAGCCGCUGGGCUGGGUGAGCCCCAUCUGCCGUGAGCUCCCAGACUUGCCUUCUAGCCCUCUGCCGCCAUCCACGGGGAGCCUCUCCCUUCACAGCUCACCAUCUCCUCUCUAAUUUAUUAGCUGGAAAGGAGGAGAACAUGAAACGUUGCUUGAAGACAAUGGCCGAGACAGCAGGUCCCACCCUGCACAGCCACCAGCAUCUCUCCCCUCAGCCCUGUCUCCUCUUCUGCAGUUGGGAUCUGCACAUUUAAGCCCGAAAUUGUCCUGUGAAGUGAAGUAUGAUCGGACAGCCUCUUUUCAGCUUUUAUGAAAAUGGAGACAGAGGAAUUGUGGCUCUUGCCAAGGUCACAGGAUUGGAAUGCAGAGCCAAGCCACCCCAGGACAUGCAAGAGCCUCAGAAGGGAAAAAGCCCAGCAGGAAGGGAGAACAAGUAGCCUCUGUCCUGAGGUUGUAACAGCCAAGGGCCAGGAUGGAGGAGGAGGACCCCAUGAUCUGCCCAUCUGGCACUUGGCAGGGGACCUGGGAAAAUGUACCCCAACCCAUCCCUCAAGGGCCUUUGCCUUUGGCCCACUGGCCUAGCAUCUCCUUCUUCACCAUGUCUGUUCUUGUCACACCUAGUCAGGUCUGUUUGGGUCUGAGGUGCAUGGAACAUUCUGGGUAGGCCUCCAGCAAAUGGAAGCUCUUCACCGUGUUUCCAGCCUGGGACCAAGGGCAGCACACUGGCAAAGUUGCCAAAGCAAGGGACUCCAGCCUUUUAGGAGUUAAUGACUCCCUCUCCCCAGCUGUCCUCCCCUUAGUGCUCCUCUUCCUCCCUCCUCCUGCUCACAGCAGGCAGGGCCUAGACCCAGGAGCCAUGCUGCUGUGCUGUUGCCAGGGGAGCACGGAGGCAGAUCUGAGCUAUGCAGGGAAAAGGCCCGGCCUGUCAAAGUGUCUGAGAUGAACCGCUGCCGUCCCUGUGCAGCUGGGCUCAGACGUGUCUCAGCUCUUGUUCUGUGCCUGAGAAUGGCAAAACCCAGUGAGGUUCAAGGGCAAACUCGCUAUUCAUUAGUCAGGGGUUCUUGACGUCCCGUCUCUCCCAGGGAUGAGUUCCCCCCUCCUCUUUCUUCCCCUCCUGUGACACAUUCCUGGGUGCCUUUGGUGAGGACUGCACACCCUCCUCCUGCCUAGCCCCCUCUCCGAAGGCCCCUGAAUAAACUCCCCCCAAGGAGACCAGGCAGGGCAGAGACAAUGGCUGCAGGAAAUCAUUCAUGCGGGACAUGCUGGCCGGCCCUCCACCCAGUCCCCCUGUGGGCCCCACGCCCUUCUGAUUCAGGGCACCCUUGGGCCCCCAGCCUAUACAGGCCUGGACAGGAAGAAACCACUGGGAACCACCCUAAGGACAUACAUGCUAGUCCAGUGCCAUUCUUCGCUGGCUCUGUGGGUGCCUUUGUGGCCUGUACCGACUGGCUGGCUAAUUUUGUGGUUUCUGUACCAUCACAUGCCUAUUUUGAGACACUCUCAAGCACUGUCGGUUAGGGAGUAUAAAUUGUACAAUAUUUUCUGAAAUGUGGCAAUAUCAAAAUGUAGAAAGCACAUGUACUUGGUCACAAACAAAUGGCACUAUUUACUCUGUGGGCAUAUUUGUAAAAGUUCCCAAAGAUUUAUAUACAAGGAUGUUCAUCAGAGCAUUUCUUUUGAAGAGUGUAAAGAAAUGGACAUGAACCUAUGGUCUGUUCAUACUGUGGAAUACCUAUGCAGCUGUAAAAAUCGGUGUGGUAGAUCUCCGUAUAUGAGUUGAUGUGGAAGGUUGGCCAGUUCACAUGAUAAGGUGAAUAGAAUAAGUUACAGAACAGGCUGUGGAGUAUGAUCUUAUAUGUAGAUGUUUAGAAGUGAGUCAUAAGUAGGCUUAUAUAUGGAUCGUUUCUGGAAGUGUGUACUGGAAGGCUACCUCUGGGGAGUGGGGAUGGGGGAAUGCACUCUUCUAUACUGUUAUGUUUUCUUUUCGUGCUCCUAAGAUACUUUUAUUGAAAGAUGUAAAGGGGUUCAAUGUAAUAGGCUUAACUUCUAUCAACUAAGUUGGCAUGGGUACUUUAAGAGGGUGGUAGUGAUGUUGCUGGAGAAAGUAUCCCACAAUCACUGGUGGCUUCAGCCAUGGGCCAUUUUGGGGCCUAAUAAUCACAUAUCAUCAUGGUGGCUAGUAUUAAUCGAAAACCUACUAAGUGCUAGGCUUACUGUCUCUGGGUCUUGCUUACGUGGAUGUCAUUUUUCCAGUUUCACCAAAUCGAAAGAGGUUAAUUGGUUUGUUGGAGCUCCUUUGCAGGUGAGGGGCAGAGCCAGGAGCUUGGCUAGGGACAGGGAAGGUGGGUGGGGGAUGGUGGAUAGGUCUUGGCUCCUAGUUUCCUUCCAGGCAGACAUUUCCCCUCUGCCCUGAGGACCUGCUUGUUUGGGGGAGGAGGCCUUUAGAGGCACGGGGUCAUGCCAGGUGUUGGACAUGGUGAACUGGGAAGUGCCCCCAUCUGGCCACAGCCCAGAAGUAUCACCGUGCUUGGGGGAUGGGGAACAGGGCUGUGAAUGGGCCUAUUUGCAUAAGCAGCAUGUGUCUGGAGAGAAAGACAUCACAGAGCAGAAGAGUGCGGGUGGGUGCCCAGGAGUGCAGUUGCCACCCCUACUUCAUCCCUGAAAGAGUAAAUGGCCUAGAAAGUGUCUCUGAGAGGUAAUGCUGCACACCACCCUCCCUGGGGGCACUGGAUCAGGCUACACCUGCCUUAGGUCGGGGGCUGCAGCAGCCUGCAGAGCUCUCAGUAGGGCCUCAGUGGCCUGGGAGGGAGCAGGGGCAGGGGGCAGGGAAAGAGGCGUAAUGGGGCUGUCCAGAGGGGCCUGGGAAACCUGGUCCCUGAGGCCUGGGCACAGCUACAAUCACUUCAAAUUGGCUGUGGGGCCAGUGGACUGGGAAGAAAAAAAGCAAUAAGAGUGACCAAGUGCAGCAGGCUGUCAGGUCCCAGGUCGCAUGCCUUAGUGCAGUGACUCCUCAUCAUUUUAUGGGGUGUGGGUGUCAUUGGUACACCCAUUUUACAGAUGAGGACACCGAGGCCCAGAAAAGUUAAGUUACAUGUCCUAAGUCACACAGCUUGUAAGUGCCAGAACUGAGAUGAAAACCAAGUGUCUUUCACUUUAAAGUCUGUACUCUGACCCCAAAGAGAUCCUGUUUGGUUUGGCCACUUAUAGGAGGUCCCUAAAGCUGCAGACUCCCCUUGCCAGCGCCCACAUAUGGAGACAUUAACCCUUCCCCUGCAGGGUCACCUCAAAUAGUCUUUUAGCUGGGCUUCUCCUGCAGUUCCACCUAAUGCCAUCCCCUGGGUUUUGCCCAAAUCUGAACUGGGCAGUGGGGUGAGAGGAGGGGUUUACAGGGUUACAGAGCUUCAUACAGAUAGGAACCCCUGGCUGCUGGUCAUCUGCAUUCCUGCAGGAUUCGCUGUUCCUUGAGGUCCUUGGCAGGAAAAUGAGGAUUGCUCCCGAGGCCUGCUCCAGUGCUUCCCAGAGGCUGGCCUGGUGUGGGGCUCUGGGAAGGCUGAGGCUGGAGAAGCAGAAGUAGGAGGGCAGAGAUGGCAGUCAGGUAGCUUGAAUCACCAAGACCCUUCCAAGCCCCACAGGUUCUCCUGAGGGAGUACUAGGGCAAGCUCUGGGAGAGGUCUCUUCCUAUGCUGUGAACCCCCUGUCUUUCUUGCAGCCUACAAUGAAUAAAUUUUCUUUGCA